UUUGCAUAUUAGUUCAUCAAUUGCUUCCUAGUGUCUCAUUAGAAAUAUAUCAACAGAGACUAUAUAUUAAAAAUGUUCCGUUACUUAGCGUGUUUUGUUGCUUUUGCCUGUAUAUGCAGUCCAGCUUUCUGCGUUCUUCCUUAUGGUAGACCACUCGUGGUGGCUCCAAGAGUAGCAGUAGUUCCAAGAGUAGUUCCAGCAGCUCAAGCUAUUGUACCUAGGGACGCACUCGCCCAAGCACAAGCUUUAACUGAUGCUGCCGGUGCUAAAGCUACUGCUGUUAAAAUAAAUUCGGUUAACUUGGAAGCCUUAAAUAAUUAUGGUCAUCAAAUCGGUGUACCACUAUUAGUUAGACCUUAUGGCUCUUUGACCAAUUUAUACGCCGCUGGAUUGCCACCACGCAGUUUCGUUGGAAAAAUCGAUCCAGCUUUCCAAAGAAACAGUUACACUGGUAAACUGGAAAAAAUCAGCGAAACAUCAAUUGGAGUUCUUGCCGUUUAAAUUAAGAAGCUCUCAUAAUUUUAGUGUAGUUAAUUAGUUAAUAAAAUUGAAAUUAUUUUUUAAGUUGAAA